AUGAGCGGGGCGGCGGCGGCGAAGAGCGAGAAGCUGGACGAGGCUCAGGCGCUCGCCCGCAGCUGCGCGGGCAGACCCGACUUCCAGCCCUGCGACGGGCUCUCGCUCUGCGCCACCCACAGCCACGGCCGCUGCUUCCGCCUGCACUGGUGCUGCCACCUGGGAUGGUGCCACUGUAAAUACGUGUACCAGCCCAUGACCCCCGUGGAGCAGCUCCCCAGCACCGAGAUCCCCGUCCGUCCCCGGGAGCCCCCCAACACCAUCCAGAUCUCCGUGUCGCUCACCGAGCACUUCCUCAAGUUCGCUCCCGCGUUCCAGCCGCCGCUGCCGCCCGAGGCGCCGCAGUUCUGCACCAUCGCCGACCUGUUCAUCGACAACUACCGCGUCAAGUGCAUCAACGGCAAGAUGUGCUACGUGCAGCGCCAGCCGCCCGCCCCGCACAGGGCAAAGCCCGACGACGGCUCCGCCCGCAAUGCCUUAAUCACAAAGGAGAGCAAUACACCAAAAACAGAGCACUGCUCGUCCCCCUCCAGCUCUGAGGACUCUGGCAUCAAUGCGGUGGGGGUUCACUACAUGGAGUCUUGUGACGAGGACACGGAGGGGGUGGCCGAGCUGAGCUCAGAGGAAGAUUACAGCCCGGAUAGCAGCUGGGAGCCGGACGAAUGCCCGCUCCUGUCGCCCUCGCAGUGCGAGAUGGAAGUGAUUGAGACUAUAGAAACCACGGUGUGACCACACAAGUCGGCAGCGGCUCAGUCCACUUCUUUCUCAGUAAUGUUGCUUUUGUAGUAUUUCUAUUUUCUGUUUUUUCUGACAAUCCCUUUUUUCCGGUGCACUUGAUAUUUCAGAUUCCUGUCAUGGGAGCAUGGUCACAGGACUUAUAUAUGGUGAACUAGCAGCAGCCUGAGCAAUUUUAACACGUUCUCAGCCUGAUCAGCUCUCCCACGUCUGCACGUAAGGUAGUGACAAAUCUUAAGACUUUUCUAGCAGAAAUAGGCCCUUUUGUUCUUCUGGGUUACCCCACACACAACUUCUCACACGAGGACGUGCCACUCAAGAUGUUUCCGCCCGUUGGGUUGUUGGCAGGGGUCCCUCAGAGCACGGGGGUGCACGCCUGGAGCAGCAAACCGAGGUGCCCUUAGACUUUCUCAAACAGCUGAACGAGGCUCCUCCCGUCUCUCUGUCCUGGCGCCUUGUCCGGCCUCUUCCCUAGUGCUGGUGCGACCUUUCCCCGAGGCUGUUGGCACCAUGCUGCCAGCAGGGUGAAAUGGCAGGCUAGAGAAUGCACAAAGUGCCUCCAACUUUUCUCCAGGCUAUGCACCGAGCAGCUGCUGAGGUAGGCCAGGCUCUGAAAUCUCCUGAGAAGGCAGGUCUUGCUCUGGAGGGGGAUGAGUUGCCUGAAUCCAGCUGGUUCCUUUUCUCUGCCUGGAUCUUGGGAAGGGGGUCUGGCUUUUGCAGGUGGGCAGGAGGGGGAGCAGGCAGAGGUGGGGCAUGGCCAUCUAACCAAUACCACACUGGACUGGGGAGUACCAGGACAGGCGAAGGAAGCGACUACCUCCGAACACCCGCCCUCGGCUCCGCCUCUGCCUCCUCCUGGGCUCUUUGGUGCCAGACACUCAGGACCAAAUGGCCUCAGGGUCUGCACUUGCCUGAAGAUUAACAAAGUUCAAACAAAAAGAAUUUUACCAGCCACACCACUGUGUCGGCAGAGCUUGGGGACAGUGUGGAGAUGCCCCUGGGAGGUGGCCCACAGGCUCGGUGGCAUGCGAGCUCAUUAAAAUACAGCCUAAGGUCAUCCUAGCGGAGAGAGGAGGUUUUGGCUCUUGUUCUGUUGCACUCAGUCCAGGAGCAGGUUCAGAGCAGGGGUCCCUCACUCAGCUGGAAAUGGAGCUGUCUCACAGGAGGUUCAGAUUCAGCCCUGCUUGAAGGAAACAAAAAUGUCGCUCAGAUUCCAGGCAGCUCCACGGAGCCGGUAACUCCUGUGUUCCUGCAGCGUUACUGCCGUUCUUUGUGUAGUUGCUGUUUGCAUUUCAGAAGUCCCUGGUGAAUCCAAGGCUGUAUAAACGUGUACAGUUAGUGACUGAUCCUAGAUUAUAGUCUGUGCUAGAGGAUGGCUCGUCUCUCACUGUAUCCUGACAAUUGUAUUCCCAAUUUUAUACACUUUGUAAUCAGUAUCUUUAGAAGACAUUAGGCAACAGUGUGUGUCUGUGCACAUGCGCGUGUCUAGGAGUUUCCAUGGGUGGAUAUAAAGUAAUGCUGUACUUUUUAGACUAAGACUUUCAGACAAAAAUAAUAGGUUUUAUAGUUUUGAUGACUUACAUAAAAAUGUGCAAUGCUUGUGAAACAAGGAACUUGGGCCAUUGCAUGAACAGAUACAUUCUCACAAGGCACCUGAAAAUACUCUGUUUUUCUGAGGGCAUUUAAACAAAGGCUGUAGUAAAACUAAAUAGGAUUUAUUUCGUUUUUAAGGGCGGGGCUGUCUUUCUUGGCUAACUACAGUUUCUAACAACAUUUUUGGUGUCUUUGGACCAUUCAGACACAUUCCAUAGGUAGAAGAAAACAUUAUGUAUAAACCUACAGCAUUUAUUCAUAUUUAACCUUUCAAUUGUAACCUGAGUGGAGAGCCAAACUAGCUCACUCUCAUGCCUGGCCUCUGAGCUUUCCUCCCAGAAGGAGGAAGGCUCUUCCUCCCCUGGGAACAGCUUCUCCUUCCCAGGCAGGAUGGGUGGGCUGGUGCAGCACGGCCUCUCCCAAGGGCAGGGAGCUCCUCGACAGCUCUCCCUGGGGCACCA